GUUGAGCAACAUUACCGCGAAGAGUUUCGAAAAAACAUGCAGAGGAUAAUCGCAAUUGUGGCCAUUGUGGCAUUGGGAGUAUCUUUCGCGUCGGCCCAAAGUUGUCAAACGUGUUUGUCGGAUAACGAUGUGUACUGCCACAAUCAGACCUCAUAUCAGAAUUGCAUGAAAAAUGCUCCAGUUGGAAGUGUGGUGCAGUGUCCCAAUGGCACGGUUUGUUCCAAUUCCGACGAGGUCUGUGUGAGCAGCUCUCAGUUGACCUCAACCAUCCUGGACGUGUGUGGAACCUCUGGCUCAAACGGCGCCAUGUGCGAAGUGUGUUCUACUAACGCCAAAUACGCCUGUGUGAGCAACUCUUCCUAUGCCCGUUGCUCAUCAAGCGGAGAUCUACUCACUUCCAAUGUGUACAGCUGUGGUACCGAUGAGAUUUGUGUUAUCCAGGCACUUUCUAUUUAUGAUACCCUCUGUGUGCCUGCCUGCGCCGCCGAAUUUGUGGACAUUUCCGCCACUUGCAGCAAUUCUGUGUACGAGCCCAUCACCACGACAGCUGCUCCGGCUACAACGCCCAGUGCUGAGGAAAAACAGCAGGCUUGCAGUGUUGGCGAGGCCAGUUCCAGUGCCUCUUACUUUUUCGUAAGGAACACGGACGACUCCACGUGCAACAGUUACCUAUAUUGCCAGAAAUCUGGUACCGACUGGGUGGCCCUCUUCAUGACUUGUGGCUCCUCGAAGCCGUUCUUUGACACGACCACCAGCAAAUGUGUGGAGACCAAGCCUGCCAGCUGCUCGGUAACAACAACCACAACCACCACAACAACGUCUUCUACAAGUGAUUCUUCGACUGUUUCUUCCUCAAGUGAUUCUACGACUGUUUCUUCUACGGACGCUUCUACUACGCCUGCUCCAUCCGUAACUGAUUCUACCACUACUACUUCUGAUUCUACCAGUAGUGAUUCUACCACGGAUGCAUCUACCACAACAACAUCUACUACGUCUGCUCCAUCCGAGACUGAUUCUACUACUACUACGACCGCAACUGAUUCCACCAGUAGUGAUUCCACUGAUGCAUCUACCACAACAACCUCAACUACGUCUGAUUCCACCACUACUACGUCUGAUCCGUCCGCAACUGAUUCUACCAGUAGUGAUUCUUCCACGGAUGCAUCUACUACGACUGCUGAAUCCGAGACUGAUUCUACCACUACAACUGCUACAGAAUCCUCCGGAUAAAUCUCCAAUAAAUACAGAACAGGUUUUCUCAAAGUUUUUAAAGUAUUAGAUUUGUAAACAAUCUUUAAUAAUCAUUAAAUAAAACUGAAAUAAUAAUUAC